AUGACCACAUCCCCUGAGAAGGCGGAUUCACUGCCCAUCAUCAUCGUGCUCGUCUGCGUCUUCCUCCUCCUGGCCACCUUCCUCAUCAUCGUCACCCUCUGCAAGCCACAGGCACUGGACCAGUCCCACUGGGGACCCCGUGAGUUCAUGCCCCAUCACCCAGUGGAUGCCAGUGAGCCCCAGCUGAGGCUCUGGAAGCGACUGGGCUCCUUGAGAUGCUCCAUCAACACCUUCAGGAGGAGCAGGCAGGUCUCCCACAGCCAGCCCACCUGCACCAAGAGCCCCCCUGCCAGCCAGGACUGGGACAUCAUGGAGUCCACCAAAAUGUGA